AUGUCUGGAAAAAUCUACUAUGGAUGUGUUGGGUAUCGACAGACUAUCCUGGCCGUAUAUAGUGAGGUAUCAUUGGGUUCCCUGAAUCAAGCGAUAGACGCUGUUGUCCGCCAAAUAGGCCCAGCUUCCUCGCCGAAGUCAUCGUCGAAAUAUGACCGCUUUCAACUGCAAUUGGUAGUCGACCGAGAGAUGUUUGCGUUGUGUGUAUGCGACGAUACAUUUCCGAUGAGAGAAUCAUUUGUCUUCUUGGAAGCAGUUAAAAAGAGCUUCACGACACAAUAUGACCAAUACACUAUAUCGACAGCGGGUCCAAUGGAAAUGUCGGCGUUUAACACAACAAUUAAGACACUCGUCGAGAAGCACAGUAACUUGGAAAAUAGUCAAUUUGCUCAAAUCAAAAAGGACCAAGACGAGACACAAGCCGUCUUGAACGAAAGUGUUAAUAAAAUGCUCGAGAGAGGUUCUGUGUUGGAAGGACUCGAAGACGAAACUAGUCACCUUGUCGAAUCAUCGUCACAAUUCAAAACAUCGGCUGUAAAAUUGAAAAGAGCGAUGUGGUGGAAAAACGUCAAACUCUAUUUGAUCGCAGGUGCUGUCUUACUCAUCUUUUUGUUGGUCUUGUUACUCGCUGGGUGCGGUAUCACAUUCCAGAGGUGCAGAAUAGAAAACGACAAUAGUAACUAA